AUGUGUGGGCUCGUAGCGCUGGCUCGGGUGCGGCCACAUCCUCGCUGCAUGCGUUCUGCUUCCAGUCCCAGAAGCGGAUUGGGUUCCAGGCGCAGUCGAAUGAGUGAUGGUUUUAUUGUUGCUGCCCGGCUGCCUGACUGCGGGACGGUUGUCCAGAUGUUCGGGCCCGUAGUUUGUGGCAUGAUUCGGCCUUUGUGCCGAUCGGGCGUCUCAUGUCGUGUGUCGGGGGCGAGCGCCCGUGCUGUGGGAGAGGUGCAAUUGGAGCGAGUUCUGGAACGUUCCUGCAGUGCCUGGCUCCCUCUCAGGGGCGAGUGGUGCUUACUUACCGUCGGGAUACUCCUGAUCCCAACGUGUCCAUGCAGUGACUGGCUCCUGCCCAGAGAGCGGGCGCCGCUUGGGCGAGCGGUGCUCCCUUCGGCUCCGCAGGCUCUCAGCAGCAACGACGGGUUACCACAGCGUUGUCGGCCUCGCGCACGGCGCUCAGCGCCGGCCCCUCCGCCGCGAGCCGGGCGGCGAGCUCGGCAGGGCCUCCUGCCUGGGCGCGCGCGCGCGUGGCACCGGCGGGGCGACAUGUGCCGUGCGCUUGCGCGUCGGGAAGGGAGCCGCUCCUGGCGGGGCUGGAGGCCUCUGCCGGCUCUAUGGAUCAAGCACCGUGGGCCGUGCGCCUCGGCCCCCGCGGGGUGCAGGCGCCCCUCCCGGUGGGCCGGAUGCCUCUGCUGGCUCCGUGGGCCAGCCGUGGGCCAGGUUUACGCCAGCUGUGGGCCAGGUGCCUCGGCUCCCGAGAGGAGUGGCGACGCUCACGGAGGUGGCGCUCCCCCCGCCUCGCGCGCCCUGGCGCCACCCUUGGGGCUCGCCUCGAGCCUUCUGGUGCGCUUCGAUGCGGUGUCGGUGGGUUCCCAUGCGGUGCGGCUUCGGACUCGGAUUCGGGCCUUCGGUGGCUCAACGGAGGCGUUGCUAGCCUGCCGACCUCCGCCGCGCCGACUUGCCCCGGCUUGGCUGCCGAUUCCCGCCGAUCCGAUCCAUUCGAUCACCGAUCCGACUUAUCGAUUCGAUGUUUGGCUCUCCUGCCUCGCGCGCCCUGGUGCCACCCUUUUGCACGGCUGGCCGCGCGCCCAGCGGGAACAGCGGCGGGGCCGUGUGCCUCAUGAGGCGGGGCGGAGUGGCGCCAUCGGGCGUCGAGAGGGUGCCACGCGCAGAGGGGGGUGGGGCAAGCUAGGUGCGCUCGCGUCAUAUCUGCCGUCCUACCCCUCCCUCCCAUCCCUCACCAUGACCCCUCCCCCCUCCCUCCACCUCCUUGUGCGUGCCGCCAUGAGAGGGCGCCCACCCACACAAGUCGACUGA